AUGGAACAUCUAUGCGAAGAUAUGUUUUUUGCAGCAUUGAAGGAUUAUCAGUGUGAAAAGUACGAAGCUUCUUUUGAAAAAUUUAAAAAGGCUGCAUAUAAAUAUAUAGCAAAUUCAAAAUAUAAAGAUUAUGCAAAAUAUUAUUUGGCAUUACAUUAUAAACUCGGGAAACCUAUUAAAAAUGAUAAAAAAGCUUAUGAACUCUUUAAUGAAGUUACACGUGCACAAAGUGAUUCAAAAUAUAAAGAUUAUGCAAAAUAUCAUUUAGCACUACAUUAUAAAGACAUUAAAAAUUAUAAGAAUGCCUAUGAUCUCUUUAAUCAAGUUGCAAAAAGUAAUUCAAGGUAUAAUGAUGAUGCAAAAUAUAUGUUGGCAAAAUGCUAUGAAUCUGGUCGAGGUGUUGGAAAAGACUACAAAAGGGCUUUUGACAUCUACUUAGAUCUUUUAGGAGGCAAGUCACAUUAUGAAAAUAGUGAUAAAAAAUACUAUAAUAAGGAACUAGAAGAUGAUGUUAAAUUUAAGUUGGCAAAUUGCUAUAGCAAUGGUCAAGGUGUUGCUAAAGAUGAUAAUAAAGCCUAUCAACUCUAUUUAGAUCUCUCAAAAAGUAAAAAGUAUUAA